GAUACUGGUGAACAAAAUCUACAGACGGUAUGGAAGUCUUGCAUCGUUGCCCCUGGUUGUGGUGUGAAUAUGAUCAGUUUUGACUGUUUGUAUGGAAAUGAAGAAUUAUCUACUAUGUCUCACUGUAUUGUGCCUAAUACUUCUAACUUCCAAGCUAGCUUUCUCUGUUAAAAUAAACCGUCUAAUAGUACCUGAGCUGGUGCAUCUAGGACAGCCUACAGUCUUAGAUUGUGAUUAUAGCGUGAAUGAAGAUGAAGGAUUCGUUUUGAAAUGGUAUCUAAACGAAAAAUUGGUGUAUCAGUGGAUACCCAGCAAAAGACCAAACACUUUAGGAAUCCUGAGAGAUAGAGUGAACCUAAAUUAUUCGGCCAGCACGGACACCAACAGCGUAUAUCGCGCUCUGCACAUAAUCCAACCUGGACCUGAUCUCUCCGGGGAUUAUACGUGCCUCGUAUCCAGUUUCAUCAGCGAGGACAGACAGACGAAAAGAAUGCUGGUGUUUGCACCAGGAAAGAAUUUGGAAUUGAAACAAGAGUAUAAAGGAAACGGCCUAACAAAAGUUAUAUGCUCAACUGAAGGAGUCUUUCCACAACCCAGCAUGAGCCUACACGCAAAUAACAGCGAAGUAGAAAAUUUUGAACUGUCAAUCAACAAAAGAGCCGGUCUCUACAACGUCAAGAUAGCUACGGAUGUGCCUCUGUUGACUGCUGCUGAAGAGUUCACCUGCGAGUUGCACAUUCCUCAGGCCAACUACACUCUCAGAAAAGAAGCCGUUUAUUACCCAGCCAGUUCGUGCUUCCAGCCCAGGGUCAUCGUCGGUUACAUAGCUCUGGCUGUUAUUUCAUCUAUGAUAUGGUUCCCAGUCUUCGCAGGAGAUCGUAUUGUCUAACUAAAUAUCCUUUUAUUAAAUUAUUCGAAAUAAUAUAUUAUUGUCACUCAAUAAAUUGUGUACAAUUUUUA